AUGCACUGCCUUCUACCUUUAGUCACGAUGCGAAAGUCUCUCCUGUGCUUGCUAAUUGCUGCGGUUUACACUGCUUCGGCGGUGCCCGCCUCAGAAUUGAAUGAGCUGGUUAGUCCUGAGGAUCGCACAUAUCCUCGAUACAUCGAGUUUCCCGAUGGCGAGGGAAACAUGCACACCGUGGACCUCGAGGCUGAACCUGACAUGGAACUCCUCGCAGAAAUCGAGAGGAAUCCUGACAAUAACCAGUACCUGUUGUAUACAAGACGCAACCGAAUUAUAUCUCAGACUUUGGUGAUCAACAAUGCCCUCUCCAUCACUAGGUCUAACUUUAAUGCUAAUAAUCCCACCGUAGUUGUCGUUCACGGUUGGCUCAGCAACCAAUACACUAGCAUCAACCCGACCAUCAGGGACGCGUACUUGGGUAAGAGUGACACCAAUGUCAUCGUGAUGGACUGGAGAAGAUUGGCGUUAGCUGACUACGCCACAGCAGUCAGAGGGGUACCAGCCGUCGGCCGUGGUCUUGGACAGUUCCUGACUUUCCUUAACCGAGUGACUGGACAGCCUUUCAGUCAAAUGCACCUUGUUGGAUUCAGUUUGGGCGCCCAUAUUGUCGGUAACGCUGGAAGAGAGCUCGGAGGAAGAGCUGCUCGUGUUACAGCUUUGGACCCAGCUGGUCCUCUAUGGAACUACAACUCGAACCGUGUCAACCCUAAUGAUGGUAUCUACGUCGAGGCUAUCCACACAGACGGUGGUGUAGGAGGUCUUGGUAUUGGCUCCAACGUUGCCAACGCUGACUUCUACCCCAACGGUGGCAACUCCCAACCUGCUUGUUACACCAGCCUUUGCAACCACAACCGUGCCUGGGAACUGUUUGCUGCUACUGUCACUUACAACCACUUGGUUGGACGUCUGUGCACCACUCAGACUCAGUUGACAUGGAACAAUUGCCGUGGUGCUGAACUUCGUAUGGGCAACGAUAUCUUAACAAAAUCUGGAUCCGGAAUGUACCGUUUGGACACCGGUAGGAGGUACCCUUAUUAA